GGACGGUAAGUUCAUGGUAAGUUCUUCCAACCUUUUCUUUUCCCCAUCCUUUGAAUCAACUAAUAUCUACGCACCUACGCGCCUUAACCACCAGUAUAGACUCGUCAUCUUUGGUUCUGCACCUACCUGCUUUUUAUCCAGUAAAGAGUCGAAAUCCUAACAUUGCCAUUUUCCUGCAUAAACAUACAAGAUGGUGAUAUCUAGAAAUCGGAACCCAUACGCCGAGCACUUCAACCGGUACGUCGAUUCUUGUCUCAGAGAGGCCCGAAGGCACCCGGACAACGACGACAUCCUCGGCCCUCGUUGCCACCGGCUACCGAAGCUCGGCAAGAAUAACCCCUUCAACCCGCCUCCAGACCCCUCCUUUUUACCCGCAGCCGAAUCCGACUACAUCACCUACCAAAUCGAAUGCUAUACCGCACCGCCCGGGCCCUUGGUUCCCCGAACAGAAUACCGCCGCCGACCGAUCCGGCCCACGCCCGCUCUGCUAUGGCGCAGGGAGAAACGGCGGCUUUGGGACACCCUAGCCGUCAUACACUGCCUUCUCGGGGCAGCAUCGGCGCUACUCUGGUGUUUCGCGUCCGAAGCUUGGGCGCUCCUGCAGACACAGUGCGUACGGCUGGCUCCCUAUGUCAACGCUGCCUGGGCCGGCACCUGUGCACUUCGCACCGUACUUUUUGACAUCUUGUUGCCGAGGAUCGGGGCUUUGUACGUGCUGCUUUGGCUCGUAGGCGCCGUCACCGGAUUGCGGAUAACAAUUGGCGGGGGAGGGGGGCCUGCAUAUGUCCUGGUCCCCGAAUCCAGGAUGUGGUCUGGUCCUUUCGAUUUCGAAGUCCUUUGAGGUCCGUACUUCCGUCCCUCCCCUCCCGUCUCGCAAGUGCUGGCGGAGAGGAUAUCCCACAGGGGGGAAUCGAAGGCGACGAUCGUAAACCAAAAUCUACCAUAGGAAUGACACAUAUGACUUGAAAGCAAAUGAAGAUUCUGAUUUAUAUGCCACGGAUUUGCCGGGCACUUUGUAGAAUCGCCGACGCGAUACGUUGAUGCUAUGACAAGGGAAAGUUACCCACCUCUAUUUGCCAACCCACAA